AUGAAUACUACUAGAGAAGCCAAAGGAAUUGAAAAGAAUAUGUCUAAAGCAACGGGGAAACCAAUGAACGGAAGCACCUUCUUAGGGUCUCUUUAUACAGUGGAGGCCGUGCUUAUCCUAAACAAUAAUCUAGGUAAAGCUAGCCCAGAAAAGGAGAUGGGAACAGGACAGCAACAACAGCAACAACAAGACAGUGGUCGAGUCUAUGUAAAAUACUAUACCCCACCACAUACUGAGAGCGAAGAGGCUUUCAACACUUUGAAGAAACAGAUUGCAUUUGAGAAGAAUUUGAUGUCUAAGACUAAGAAGCAAGAUAAUGAGAUUAUGCUACUGGAUAAUCAUUUAGUUCUUUAUAAGAAGUGUGCCGAUGUUACUUUAUUUUUAGUGGGACCAAUCUCUGGUAAUGAGAUUCUUUUGAAUGAAGCAUUUGGUGCGUUUAAGGGAUCUUUGGAGCUAGUGUUGAAUUCCUCAGGUAUUGAUAGAAAGAACAUAUUGGAACAUUACGACAUGGUGUUGUUAGCUAUUGAUGAAACCUUUGAUAACGGUAUUGUCUUAGAAACUGACGCUGCAGCAAUUGCAUCAAGAGUUUCCAAGCCUAUUACCCAGGAGCCUGUUCAAUUAGAUUUGGAUAAAGGUUUAUUGGGUGCUUGGGGGUUCGCCAAGUCCAAAUUGCAAGAGUUACAACAAGGGUUGUGA